AUGACGCUUGCCGCCGCCCUCGAGCGUCCAGACGCCUUCGUUGCCGACUGCUUGUCGCAAUCGAACCAGCACGAUACGCAGCAACUCCAACAAGCGCUCCACGACGCACUCGAGCGCUCACAUGCCGAUCACGACGAUCUCUCUCUCCCGUCGUUGCUGCUAGCGCUUCUACGCCAACACUGCCUCUCGUCGCUCACACCCGACAAUGUGGCCUCCCUGCUUCUCGGACAGCUUCACCAGCACGCAACCUCGACAGAGUCACAAUCCAUCCUCUCCGACUGCCUCCUCGACUCGAUAUGGAGCAUCGAUCUUGAGCUCGAGUCCCGCAACGAUCUCGCAGCUGCUUCCGAUCCAGUAGCCAUGCAGCCCCCCUCGCUCACCUCAGACCCGCACCAUCCCGUCCCGCUCGCCCUCGCACGCCAAAAUCUAGCCGCUCUCGUCGCCGACCUCCUUUCCUCGGCUCUCCUCGUGGAGGAUCACGUGAGCGAACGUCUCGAGCACUCCCUCCUCGCCCUCGUUGGCCUCAUCCCAAACGAAGUCUACUUCAACAAGCGCUCCAUCCAGCUCCGCACCGCACGCCUCUUCAAACAGCAAAAGUUCAACCUCCUCCGCGAGGAAAACCAAGGCUACACCGCCCUCAUCACCGAAAUCGUCACCAACCUCGGCCCGCCCACCAUCGCUGUUCGCCACAACAUCGACCCUGCCACACAAGCACAACCGCAUGGCUCCAUCUUUGCAUCCGAAUCAGCCUCCGUCAUCGAGCAGGAAUCCCCUUCACUCCGCAAUCGCCGUGCAGCGCGCGUCAUGAACAACAUACAGGCGCUCAUCGGCUACUUUGACCUCGACGCAAACCGCGUCCUCGACCUCAUCCUCGACCUCUUCGCCACCGAAAUCAUCCGCCACUAUCCCUUCUUCCUCGCCCUGCUCUCCCACUCGCCAUGGGCCAACGCAGACGCCAACCCCGCCUCGGCCUCGUCCGCAAACGCCUCGGCCACCAACCCCUUUGCCGACAUCAAUCUCGACCUCUCGCUCGAUUCCGGCGACCGCAUCUGUGCACAGCUCCUCGGCUUCAAGUUCGCCCACUACGCCCACCCGGACACAAAGGAUGCCACUCCGGACGAGCUCUACCUCCUCGCCGCACUCCUCAUCAAGAUCGGCAUCGUCCGUCUCGUCGACCUCUACCCGCAUCUAUCCCCUUCCGAAGACGGCAUGCGAAGUCUGCAAACAAAGCACCGCCAAGCACUCGCCGCCAAAGCCUCCACCGCACGUGCCAACGCCCUUUCCAUGGCCGCGCCUCUCACCGACGAUGCCGACCCCUCGUCCAAAUCAAAAGACGGCACAAAGACAAAAGACGAGGCCCCCGCAAAGGAUCCGCCAAAUCAGGUCGUCGGUCUCGUUCGCGCCAUGCUUUCGCUCGGCGAUCUUCGUCACGCCCUCUUCCUCCUCACUCGCUAUCCCUGGCUCUGCUCCGCCUUCAACGAGGUCGCAGACCCCUUCAUCCGCCUGCUCAACGUCAUCGUUCAGCCCGCCUACGAUGAGAUCUCCUUCUCCCGCAUGAACCCGCCCUGCGCACAGCCCUCCAUCCUUUCGCCACGUCCACGAUGGGACCCCAAAUUGCAGGCCGCUACUCGUCCGGCCGUCAAGAGCCUCGUCCUCACGCGCAAAGUGCCAGAGCCCGCUCCCUCCCUCAGCUGUCAGCACGUCUUCUUCUACCCGCACUGGACAGACUCCCUGCCCCUGUGCCGCAGUCUCGACGACGUACUUCGCAUCUUGGUGCCCCUCCUCAAGGUCCUCGGCGCCAGCCUUUCCAGAGAUGCGGCGCUCUUCCAGAAGGUUUGCCGUCUCACAAAGGUCGGCUACCGCCUCGCCACAACCGCCGCGGCGGCUGCCGUGUCCAAUGCCCAAGACCCUUACGACGACUUUGACGAGCCUCAAGAGGACAGCCAGAGCCAGAGCUGGUUCGAUCUUCUUCGCUUCCACCUCCUGCCCGCCCUCUCGCUUUCGCCCUCAAACUCGGGUCUCGUGGACGAAGUGUGGAUGCUCGUGCGCAUCAUGCCGUACGACAAGCGCUUCUCCCUCUACGGCCAGUGGAAGUACGACCUCUACCAGCUCCCCGAGCUUCGGGCCGCACAGGCCGCCACCGAAAAGGAAGCAAAGGGCAUCCUCAAGAGAAUCAGCAAGGACAACAUCAAGCAGUCCGGCCGCAACCUCGCCAAGGCUUCCCACUCCAACCCCACCAUCUUCUUCACCGUCGCUCUGAACCAGAUCCAGGCGUACGACAACCUCAUCCAGCCAAUCGUCGAGUCCGCCAAGUACCUCUCGCAGUUCGAGUACGACAUCUUUGCCUUCAACCUCGUCGAUGCGCUCUCCAACCCUGAGAAGGAGCGCACAAAACAGGACGGCACCAACAUCAGCCUCUGGCUCAAGAGUCUCGCCGCCUUCUGCGGGACCCUGUACCGCCGCUACGCCAUGAUGGACUGCACUCCCGUCCUCCAGUAUCUGGUCAACCAGCUCAAAGCCAACAACUCCAAGGACCUCGUCAUCAUGUCCGAGCUCAUCACCAAAAUGUCUGGCAUCGAACCGCUCGCCAAUCUCGCCGACGCACAAAUCGCCGCGCUCACCGGCGGUCGUCACCUGCACAUGGAGGCCAUGAUGGCCGCCAACGCCCUCACAGGCAGCAAAGAGCGCAUCGCCUUCCGUCGCUCGGGCCAGCGCUUGCUCCACGCCCUCGUCGAAAGCAAGCUCUCUGUCCCUCUCCUCAUCCUCGUUGCACAGCAGCGACAGGCCUGCAUCCACCUGGUCCCCGAGAGCGAGGCGCAUCUCAAGUACCUCGGCAACCUCUACGACUCGUGCCAGGAGGUCCUUCUCCAGUACGUAGAGUUCCUCUUCAACCACCUUGACACGGCCGAGUACGCCUCGCUGGUUCCGUCGCUUCAACACCUGUGUGUGCGAUUCGGCAUCGAGCCGGCCAUCGCCUUCUACAUCGCCCGACCCAAGCUGGUCCACAGCAUGAAGCAGACCGAAGCCGCCGACGCUGCAGAGCGCCUUCGCGCCGAGCUCACAGCAAGUCGCGCAAAGACCAAAGCCGCAGGAGACGACAAGGCGCCUGCGCAGGCGGACGCCGCCGAUACUCAGGAGGAAGAAGUAGAAGCCGCGGACAAGACUUAUGCCGCGGAUCAGGAUGGCGACGUCGACAUGGAAGAUGCAGCAGUGUCGUCGCCGACAAAGGAGGCAGCAGGCGACAAGGCGGAAGUCGACGCCGCUAACAAGGAAGUGUCGGACAGCAAGCUACCGUCUCCUUCAUCCAUCGAGCCUUGGCAUCGCGGACUCGCCGAUGCCAUCCACGCUGCCAAGGAUAUGCUGCCAGAGUCUGCGCUCCCUGGCUUGGGCGUCCACUUCUACGUCACAUUCUGGCAGCUCAGCCUCGCCGACAUCAGCGUGCCGAUCGAGCGAUACCAGCAAGAGGUGAAGCGUUUAAACGCUGUCAUCCGCGAGACAGCAGCUGAAGACCAGCGUAAGCGACUUCAGGACAACGUCGGUCAGCUCAACGCAGAGAUGAAAGACCAGAUGAAGUCGCACGAGGUCACGCGCAAGAGGCUCCAGGCCGAGAAGAACCACUGGUUUGUCGACACAGCCGACCGAGGCGCGAUCGUCGCGCAACUCAUCCAGUACUGCCUGUUCCCACGAGCGCUCUUGUCUCCCACCGACGCCAUCUUCGCCGGCAAGUUCGUCCGCACCGUCCACAAUCUCGGCACUCGCAACUUCUCCAGCUUGACCGCCUACGACAAGAUCUUCGUUGAUCACGUCGCCGCCGUCAUCUUUUCGUCGACGGAAAACGAGGCACGCAACUACUCCAGAUUCCUCUACACCGUCCUGGCCGAUCUGAGUCCUUGGCAUCGCCAGGCCGACAUCUACGCAAAAGAAGCCAUCGGCCAGAAGCUGCCCGGUUUCCAGAUGCGAUGGCAGGAUCGACAUGGAGGCGAGGACAUUCCAAAGGCGGAUCUCUUGACUUGGGACCAGUUCCGGCUGAUCUUCUGCAAGUGGCAGGACUGCCUGCAGCGCGCCUUCAAGACCUGCCUCUCGUCCAAGGAGUACAUGCGCAUCCGCAACAGCAUCAUUGUCAUGACGCGCAUUUCGCCGUUCUAUCCGCUCAUCGACUCGCACGGAACCGAGAUCAGCGCCAUCGUCGAGUCGCUUGCCGCCAACGAGCAGCGAGGAGAUCUCAAGAUUCUCGCUCAGGGUCUAUUGGCCACGCUCAAGGCUCGCGCAAAAUCGUGGCUGCCUUUGCACCAGGCUCGCAAGGUCGCCAAUCCUCCGGCUCCCGCAGCUGCGACCAAGACGGCUGACGACAGCAAAGCUGCACCUUCUGGCACGGCUGCACAGGCUGAUGGUGACGAGCGCAAGCAGCAGGAUAAGGCAGCUCCCACUAGCGCCGGCAACGAUGCAAAGUCUUCGGUGCGCGCACAGCGAGACCCAGCUCCACCGGCAUCGACGAACACCAAUGGCCGCAGCAGCGACCGGGCAUCCGAAAAGACCCCCACGCCCUCUGCUGCGGGUUCCAGAUCGACAGCACCACCGACGGCACCGAGCGGCCGCGGAAACACGGCGACCAAGGUGCCCCCGAGCGCCAACCUUCCGUCGCGCCCGGGAGGCGCGCCACAAAAAGCGGCCGCUGUCGAGUCCAAAGACCGCCGAGGUGGCGCAGCGAGCAGCCAGGCUGAUGGUCGGCGUGGCGAGGACCGAGGCAACGCGAGGCAGGAAGAUGCCUCGCGACGAGGAGGUGGGGAACGCACGCAGGGUGCGGUCCCGUCGGGUCCUCGAAGCGAUGCUUCGCGCGACAACGGUCUUCCGUCGCGGCCUUCGCGGGAGCCGAGCUCGGCUGAUAGCCGCAGCCGCGGUGGUGCGAGCAAUGGUGAUCGGGCCGCGCCGGCUCAGGCCUCGCGCGAUACUGCCGACGCCAAGGGUGGUGUUGACGCGAUGAAUCCCCCGACCGGACCCGCGAGCACGACGAGUGCGCAGGCCGUGCGCAACCGAGCAGAGCGAGACCGCAACGAGCGAUCGUCCUCGGCAUCCUUGCCUGCAGCGAACAAGGACAAGGACGCACGUGAUCGCAACGACCGACAAGGUGACCGGGACAAGACGCGCAACGCUGAGCGUGAUCGUGAUCGCGAGCGCGAGCGCGAGAGAGAUCGCGAACGAGACCGGGAUCGUCGCGACCGCGACCGAUCGGCUCGGGACCGCGAUCGAGAACGCGAAAAGGAACGCGAGCGCGAGCGCGAGCUUGCGCUCCGGGACCGCGAGCGAGCUCGCGAUCGAGAUCGCGGUGGCAACGCUCGGGAUCGCGACGAUCGAAAGCGCAGUGGCGGACGCAGUGGCCAGCCCAGUCGUAACGCCACGCCCGUGCGUGAUCUGCCCGACGGCGGCGGUCGCGAGAGCGGCUCGACGACUCCUCUUGGCCCGCGCCGAGACCGGGAACGCGAGCAGGCCCAGCGUCCGCGCGACCGCGAUCGCGAGUCGGCCGCAGCCACGCCCACCUCUGCGCGCUCCACACCGGGCGUAGGAGCGCCCGAAGAGAUCAGCAUCCGUGGCGGAGCCAAACGCAAUCUGGUGGACCGUCUCGGUGGUGCCUCACCGCGAGGAGCCUCGCCCGCUGCUCGCACCGGCAAGCCUGAUGCGCCCGACCCGGCUUCGGGUUGGGACACUCCGAACGACGCUUCGGGUUGGGACACUGACGAGCCGGCCAAGCGCAUCAAGAUCGACCGCAACCAGAAGUACGCCGCUGCCGGCCCGCCCUCAGCGCCCGCUGCCGAGUCGCAGCGCAACGACCGACGCGCUCAAUCGUCCAACUCGAACCGCAACUCGUUCGGUGGCGGCCGUGACCGUCGCGAUGGCGGCCGAGACCAGCGUCGAGACCGUUCCGCCCGCCGAGCUGGGAAUGAAUAG